UGGGUGCUGCGAAGCCCUACGGCCCGGUCUCCCAAGCCCAGGCCAGCAGGCAGGGGGGCAGAUGCGUCACCAGUGCCCGGCCCCCCGCCCCUUGCCCGCCCAAACUCCACCCCAGGGAAGGCGGCGCGGAUAAAGGCUCAGGGGCCGCCUGCCUGUCCCCAGACCCGCACGGCCACCUCUCGCCACGGCCCGCACACAGGUUGUCUGGAGCAGUGGGGACCCAGGACUGACGGUGCCCGAUCUUGCGAGCGGCGGCUGCGGCUGUUGCUAAGGGAAGGGACGCGCGGGGUAGCACGACCCGAGAGGGAUCCAGGCACCGUGCGAGCCGGGGUAGCUCGCCCCCUUUCUGUAGAACCCUCCCCGUGCCCUGCCCGGGUCGCCAUCCUCCGCCCUUGAAACCGGAUCGCAGACCCCACCCCGGGGCGCAAACCAAGGAGCCCACGCGACCCCGGAGCGCCGCUCGGAUUCUCGCCUGCCGGCUCCACUGCUAAGGUUGGGACCUUCACCAAGGAGCGCCCGCGGAGCGGAGGAGGACCUCGUUCCGGCGGGGGAGUCCCGGCGAGGAUUGGAGGCCACCCGCGGACCCCAGUCCUGCGCGCGCCGGGGAUGGAGCCGCAGCCCGGCGGCGCCCGGAGCUGCCGGCGCGGGGCCCCCGGCGGCGCCUGCGAGCUGAGCGCGGCCACGGAGUCGGCCGCACCCAUGAGCCUGGCGAUACACAGCACCACCGGGACCCGCUAUGACCUGUCGGUGCCCCACGACGAGACUGUGGAAGGGCUGCGCAAAAGGCUGUCCCAACGCCUCAAAGUACCCAAGGAACGCCUGGCGCUGCUUCACAAAGACACCCGGCUCAGUUCGGGGAAGCUGCAGGAAUUCGGCGUGGGGGAUGGGAGCAAGUUGACGCUCGUGCCCACGGUGGAAGCUGGCCUCAUGUCCCAGGCCUCAAGGCCCGAACAGUCCGUUAUGCAAGCCCUGGAAAGUUUGACCGAGACCCAGCCCCCAGCGACACCCGGGCCAGGCCGGGCUGCCGGAGGAGGCUUCCGGAAAUACAGAUUGAUUUUAUUUAAGCGUCCGUGGCACCGACAGGGACCCCAGAGCCCAGAGAGGGGCGGCGAGAGGCCCCAGGUCAGCGACUUCCUGUCAGGCCGCUCGCCUUUGACCCUGGCCCUGCGCGUCGGGGAUCACAUGAUGUUUGUGCAGUUGCAGCUGGCCGCCCAGCAUGCCCCACUCCAGCACCGCCACGUGCUCGCCGCCGCCGCGGCCGCCGCCGCUGCGGCCCGGGGAGAGUCCAGCGUGGCCGCCCCGGUGUCCUCGCCCUGUCGGUCGGUGUCCAGUGCCGCCCGUGUGCCCCCAGUAUCCAGCAGCCCUUCACCAGUGUCCCCUGCCCCCGUCACCGCCGGCUCCUUCCGAUCCCACGCAGCCUCCACCGCCUGUCCCGAGCAGCAGAUGGACUGUUCUCCGCCGGCCAGCAGCAGCGCCACCUCCACCCCAGGUAGCAGCCCCACCGCCCGCUCCCGCAAACCCGGUGCCGUCAUCGAGAGCUUCGUGAACCACGCCCCGGGGGUCUUCUCAGGGACCUUCUCUGGCACACUGCAUCCCAACUGCCAAGACAGCAGCGGGCGGCCGCGGCGGGACAUCGGCACCAUCCUGCAGAUACUGAAUGACCUCCUAAGUGCCACCCGGCAUUACCAGGGCAUGCCACCCUCGCUGACCCAGCUCCGCUGCCAUGCCCAGUGCUCACCUGCCUCACCGGCCCCCGACCUCACCCCCAAAACUACCUCCUGUGAGAAGCUGGCAGCCACAGCUCCCACCUCCCUGCUCCAGGGCCAGAGCCAGAUCCGAAUGUGCAAGCCCCCUGGAGACCGACUGCGACAGACAGAGAACCGCGCCACGCGCUGCAAAGUGGAACGCCUCCAGCUCCUGCUGCAGCAGAAACGCCUGCGAAGGAAGGCCCGGAGGGACGCCCGGGGUCCUUACCACUGGACCCCCAGCCGCAAAGCUGGCCGCAGUGACAGCAGCAGCAGUGGGGGCGGAGGCAGCCCCAGCGAGGCUGCAGGCUUGGGCCUCGACUUCGAGGACUCCGUUUGGAAGCCUGAAGUCAACCCGGACAUCCAGUCCGAGUUUGUGGUGGCUUAAAGGAUCCAGUCCCCUUGGGUCUGUCACGUCCCGGACCCCAGACACGGGCAGGGGGAAGCCACAGCACGGACGCUGAGCAGCCCAGCUCUAGGGGGCAGGAGGUUACCUCCGUCGCCACUCACCAGCCUUUCUGAUUCUUUUUUAGCUCCUCCCCCUGAUUGUCUGCCCUGCAUCCCUUCUCACAUGCCCACCUCUCCUUCCUCCCUCACCGUGGUCGCGGCCUCUGCGCCAGGGCCCUUCCCUCCCACCUUCUCCAGCUCCAAAUAUGUAGCAGUCUGUUCCCAGAUGGCCCAGACGGAGGAAGCCACCCACCCCAGCCCUUCCGCUCUGCGCAGCUCUCCCCACCCCCACCCGAAACCCGAUUCAGGAUUUUAACUCCACGUAGAUUCUCCAAGAAGCACUUUACAGAUGAGGGUUGGGGACCCGAGAGGAGUGUCCCCCACCCCCACCCCCGUCUGCAGACUUGGCCUCCAUUCCAGGCCAGCUGGAUCCCCCGCCCCUCCCACCCUGGAAACUAAUAAGAGAUUCAACAGGGAAAUACUUCUUUGUCCACAAUGCCCACAGCCUGCCUUCUGCCUCAGUCUCCCAAGUGCUACAAUGACAGGCCUUUGCCAGCAUGCCUGGCCAGCCCUGCUCUCACCCCAAAAAGCUGUUUUGAUGGCAGACGCUGUAGCUGGUGGCUGUUUGUUGGUCAGGUGGGGAGGCUCCUUUUCCUCACAGGAAGGGACAGGCCUCCGGCCACCCUUUCUGCAGGACACUGCCCCACUGUCCUUUCCCUUCCUCCACACACCCACUCCCCUAACCUUCCUUCCCGAUGGAGCUUGGGGGACUAUUUAUAGAUUUCGUUUCUCUGACUGAGCCAGUAAUGGUUGCUAUUCUCUAGGAAAAAAGCAAAACUGGGGGGUAGGUGGUGGGAGGGGUCCCCAGCGAGAAGCCCCUGUCCCUCUCCAGGCCCUGCUGGGGACGUGAACCGAGGGACCACCUCACCUGUAAGGCGGGAUGGGGAGUGGGCUGUCGAGCUGUGACAGCAUUAACCCCGCUCUGGGGAGAGCACGCUGCUGGGCCACUUGGCCCUCCCCUCACUCUGGGGCCGGUUCAGCAGGGGUCAAUCUGUGGUUUUCGUUGUUUUCCCUUCCACAUUGAAAAUUUUCAUGAUAACGGGAUGUGUGUCCACCCCAACACCUGUCCUCGGAUCCCUUUGUUCUAGUGUGUGGACCCCGUCUUUGCCUCCUCACUGUGUUCAACCUUAAUGGUUUGGGAUGUGAACGUGUUGACUAGCUGUAAAGGUCUUUUGUGGGGGGUGGGGGGAGGGGAUCCCCAAGGGUAGAGGCCAAGCAAGAAUUCGGUUUGGUUUGGUUUUGUUCUCAAAUUUUUUUUUUUUUUUUCCAAAAAAGAAAAGGGAGGGUGGGCUAGGUGGGUGCAUUUUUUUAAAGCUGUCUUGGAUACCUAUUUAAAUGUGUGUUUUGGGUUUUUUUAGGAUUUUUUUAAACUGCCUGUGAAGUGUCCCUGGGCUGAGGGUGGAAGCCUCAGGCGGGAGCCCACCCAUAGUUCUUCCCUCUGACGGACUUCCCCACAUAGCAUUAGCCGCCCUCGGGGGGAGGGGGAGAGAAUCCGGCUGUGGGGCUCCACCUCGCCCAAGUCUCCUUUUACUGAAAAUUGAAGGGUGAUAAAAAAAAAAAAAACUUACACGAGCACCGAAUUUCAAAUAAAAAAAUGAGACGUAA